CAAUUAUUAAAUCUUGCUCCAUUCCAAGAGAGGAGAUCAUGAUUGAGUGAAGCCACCGGCCCGCAGCAAGGAAAAGCACAAAGAAGAAACUACAACCAUGGCCAAGCUGACAGAAUCCAUGACUAACGUCCUGGAGGGCGACUCCAUGGAUCAGGACGUGGAGAGCCCUGUGGCCAUUCACCAGCCAAAGUUGCCUAAGCAGGCCAGGGACGACCUGCCAAGACACAUCAGCCGAGACCGGACCAAAAGGAAAAUCCAGAGGUACGUGCGGAAAGACGGCAAGUGCAACGUCCACCACGGCAACGUGAGGGAGACCUACCGCUACCUGACCGACAUCUUCACCACCUUAGUGGACCUCAAGUGGAGAUUCAACCUGCUGAUUUUCGUCAUGGUUUACACAGUGACAUGGCUCUUCUUUGGGAUGAUCUGGUGGCUCAUUGCAUACAUCCGGGGAGAUAUGGACCACAUAGAGGACCCCUCGUGGACUCCCUGUGUCACCAACCUCAACGGGUUCGUCUCUGCUUUUUUAUUCUCGAUAGAGACAGAAACCACCAUCGGUUAUGGCUACCGGGUCAUCACGGACAAGUGCCCUGAGGGGAUCAUUCUCCUCUUAAUCCAAUCUGUGUUGGGGUCCAUUGUCAACGCAUUCAUGGUGGGAUGCAUGUUUGUAAAAAUAUCGCAGCCCAAGAAGAGGGCAGAGACCCUGGUUUUCUCCACCCACGCGGUGAUCUCCAUGCGGGACGGGAAGCUGUGCCUGAUGUUUCGAGUCGGGGACCUUCGGAACUCCCACAUCGUGGAGGCUUCCAUCAGAGCCAAGCUGAUCAAGUCCAAACAGACCUCAGAGGGGGAGUUCAUCCCUUUGAACCAGACGGACAUCAACGUCGGGUAUUACACUGGAGAUGACCGCCUGUUUCUGGUGUCCCCGCUCAUCAUCAGUCACGAAAUCAACCAACAGAGUCCCUUCUGGGAAAUCUCCAAAGCCCAGCUGCCCAAAGAGGAACUGGAAAUUGUGGUCAUCCUAGAAGGAAUGGUGGAGGCUACAGGGAUGACGUGCCAAGCUCGCAGCUCCUACAUCACCAGUGAGAUCCUGUGGGGCUACCGGUUCACCCCAGUCCUGACGCUGGAGGACGGGUUCUACGAAGUCGACUACAACAGCUUCCACGAGACCUAUGAGACCAGCACGCCCUCCCUCAGUGCCAAAGAGCUGGCCGAGCUGGCCAGCAGGGCAGAGCUGCCCCUCAGUUGGUCUGUGUCCAGCAAACUCAACCAGCACGCAGAACUGGAGACUGAAGAGGAAGAAAAGAACCUCGAGGAGCAAACGGAAAGGAAUGGUGAUGUGGCAAAUCUAGAGAACGAGUCCAAAGUGUAGCCCCCCGGCCGGGCCAUUCUUCUCCUGCCCUCCCCCACCCCUACAGCCUUUCUUGUCUCUCAUCCUCUUGCUUUUCUGUCUCUCUUACUUCAUUCUUUAUUUACAUUUAAUUUUGGCAUUAUCAGAAAACAAAUCUUCAAGGUGUAAAAUAUCUACCUGCCCUCUCUCAGUUACUCAGAUGGAUGAGGCAGACACGGACUCGGGGAAGGCGCGAGGUGCCUGUCUCCGUCCUCAGCGCCACACACCCACCUCCUGGAGACUGAAGCUCCUCGCCUGCGUGUGUGGGGCAAUAGCAGAUCGCUCAGCAGAAUGGGUCGGAGACGUGACCUGGGACAGGUGUUAGGUGCCCGAUGCCUACCCAUCCGUGCAGUGAGACACAGGGCAUAGGUCCCAACACAUCCUGCCCCCAGGGCGAGGCGCUGCCCCAGGGGGCAGUGCGGGGACAGGACCCAGGGGAGGCCGAGACAGGACACUGUACAUGUAUUUGCCUUAUGUAAUUAUUUUCUUUUGCAGUUAGUAAUAAAACCCAGCAUGUACAAAAGUACUGUAGAACACAACUUCUAAAUACUGUACAUAGAUAUAUAAUUAAUGUAGGUUUAGAUAUAUAACUUUAGGAAUAAGAUGAAAAAAGAAAAAAAAAAGAAAAAAGAUUCUCAAUGCGCAGUAGGCAUUUCUGUUCCAGUGUCUUUGUUUUCUGAAUUUCUUUGGUCCCGUUGACUCCUGGCUCUUUAGUGCAUGGCCUUUGUUCUGUGUCCCAGACUGGCCGCCCAUUUGGGUACCUCACUGUUCUCUCUCUGAUCCUUUCAUUGAAUCUAAUAAGCCAUAGGUCUGGGGGAAGUUGGGAGGUCCAGUAGAUGGCAAAACCCACCACCAAUACACUGAUAUACUGUGAAAUGUUUACAAACUGAGGUCUCUUUUUUUUUUUUUAACAUAAUAAGGGCCUCGCUGACUAAGCCUGGGGAAGAAUUCCAGGAAGACAUUCUCUGGCAUGUCACCAAUGACGUGUUUAUGCUUUUCACAUAAGCGCUCACCCUUUGUAGUGCAAGAGUUUUGGAAACUCUUCUACAAAACCAUUCACUCUCUAGCUGCUCUACUCUGUAAUCACGAGGAACUGCAGACUAUUACAAUGAGACAUGGCACGUGAGCAGAAGAUGGUUGGGUCUAAAGCCAGGAAGUUCAUGAUGGCUUGUAGUACCACUGACCUCAUACACUUCGACUUUAUCUGGCGCUCUUCCUGACCCUGAGGGCUUAU